AGCUCUGUGUUGCUAAGGGUUAGCAUUAGCCUGCUGGAGUCUCAGUGUGAAUUGUACAGUGUACCGGAGACGCGGUGCGACUGCAGACUGGCUUCAUCCUCAGCGGCACACAAACACACGGAAAUUCACCAACAUCAAGUCUGUGACCGAUCCAUAUUUUAUCAACCACCUGUCUUCGCUAUGGACACAUCAGCAUGGAUUAGAAUAAAAUCCAAAGGAGGAAAAGCUGUUCUAAGCUAUGGCCCACAACUGAUGCAGAGGGUGCUUGAGAUGGCAGAGGGGAUUGAUGUUGGCGAAAUGCCCUCAUAUGAACUAGUCUCAAGUGCUGAAGCAAAAAAGAGGCCAAAUUCAUCGGAUGGAAGAGAGGAACCCAUGAGGAAGAUGCCUGUGUCCAAAUUUGGCCCAAGGCCACGAUUCGAGCCAGUACACUUUGUCAGUGGCAGCAGCAGUGACACCAGUGGAUUAGGGCUUGCUGACGAAAAAGAAAAUGAGAAGGAGCGUAGGAGGGGAGAGGUGAAUAACAUAAGGCAGAGGGAGCCAGACCAGCCACACAGCAGUAGCCAUGGUUAUGGCCCUUCAUCCUCCUCAUCAUAUGGUUAUGACUCUUGGUCUGAUCGUAGAGGCAAGGACAUGUCCUACAACAACAAGAGCGGUUUUGGUUAUGGCAGCAGAGGGUCUGCCUCAAACUUCAUGGGAAAAAUGCAGCAGGAAUACACAGCAAGAUACGAGGCACACGGUGCAAGACAAGCAAACUCGCCUCCUCAAUCAAGCCGAUUUGAUAGCUACACAGGGAGGAGGCCUGGACGCUGGGAUUCUGGAAGGCACGGCUUGGGCUUUGGGCAUAAGGAUAGACCGUCCUCCAGUAAAGGUUUGACUAGAGCCUAUGACAGCCCAAGCAGAGCCAGUCCUGGCCUACUCCCUACACCGUGUAUGCCAACCCCAGUUCCUCCAGCUACCCUGGAUGAGAAGCAAAGGUUAAUCACAAGGGUUUUAUCUGCUGUAGCAGUCACACUUCGAGACCCUGCGUUUGUGGGCGGGCCUGAUGGUCCAAAUUACAACUUCAUUCUCAGCCGCAGCAUUCAGGCUUGCAAAACUAACCCCGAGUACAUUUAUGUUAAUUUAAAAGAUAUUCCUCCAUCUGACCUCCCCAAGAACAAGAAAGUACCACCUGAGGGCUAUGCAUGUGAGCUAAGAUGUUCAGGUGUGUACCUUGCAACAGGCUACUCUGGCAGCAAGAACGGUGCCAGGGAUCGUGCGUCCGAGCAGGCUGUGAAACUUUUCCUGAAACCAGUGGAGGUCCGUGUAGUGCAACGUCAGUAUAAACGCAAUUAUGUCAAUGACUUGGUAGUGUGCCAGUUAAACACACCCACCCCAGCCUUAGUUCCACCUCUACGCAACCCAGAGGACAGCCCACCUCCUAGUACCAAGGGUCAGUAUGUGCCUGAUAAAAGUAAACAUUGGACAGAGUUCGUCAUCAUGGAAAAUGCCCACGAUGCCAUUUGCAUCCUCAACAAUUCUGCUGCCUAUAACCGUAUGAAAAUUGACUAUGCCUUUGAGCCGGUACCUAACAGCAGUGCAUGGGUGUGUAGUGUAUACUUGCAAGGAGAACUUUUGGCUCAAGGCAGAGGGACAAAGAAGAGCUCUAAACACACUGCGGCUGAGGAGGCUGUAAAAAAGUUACGAAUGAACCAGGCAGUUCGCCAACAGCAUGAACAACAGGAACAAUACCACCAGCAACAGUUCUCUCAAGGACACCCCAACACUGAUCAGCCCGUUGCCAGUUUUGGCCAGUAUGGGGGACGAAAGAAACAACUCAGUGAACUGGUUAUUCUAGAAAACUCUGAUAAUGCCAUUUGCAUCAUUAACGAUACAGCGCAGUUCAACAAAGUGGCUGCAGACUACAAAUUUACAGUGCUGCCAGACCAUCGCUGGAGGUGUGAGGUCUAUAUUGAGGGUCAGUUUGUAGCAGAAGGCAUUGGUCCUAAAAAGACUGUUAAACACAUUGCAGCUGAGGAGGCCAUCGCUACGCUGAAACGUACACAAGCAGUGGUGAAGUCAAACCUUAGGAAGGAGGGCAACGUAGACGCCAUUUCCCGAAAUCAAAUUAUGGCGCGUUGUGGGGAGGAGGCCACACGGCAAGAAAUAAAGGAGGACAACAUUGGUAACCAGUUGCUCCGCAAGAUGGGCUGGACAGGUGGUGGGUUGGGUCGAGAAGGCGAAGGCAUCGCUGAACCCAUCGUAGUUAAGGAACAGUUUAGUAGGGAAGGACUUGGUAUGGAUAUGGAUAAACAUGGUCACCUGACAAAGCGUGAUAUUGAGGAAAUCAUACGCACUUAUGCUUGUUCAGAGCGUCAGGAUGACCUGCGAUUCUCCACCGAGCUCAAUAACGAGGAGCGUAAACAGAUUCACCAGGUCUCCCAAAAAUACGGGCUGCGGAGUAAAUCUUACGGCCAGGGCAGACACCGCUUCCUUGUGGUUAGCCGGAGAGUGCAAAAGGAUCAACUGAUUGGUCAACUGCUGCAAGAGGGUCAGGUGGGACGAUACGAGCUUGUAAAACCUCAGGCAUUUGAAUGACUGGACUCUAAAGAACCCUACAUGUCACCAUGACGGAGGAGAGCAGAUGUACUUAUGCUUAUUGGUUUCAAAAACAGUUUUAAAUGUAUUUUUCAAAAAAAAAGUGUCCACUAACAUCAGUUGCUUCUGCCUUCCUGGCAGACUGAUCAUUUUCUAUUUAUGGCAUACUCCUUCCCCCUCUCAUGUAUUGCCAUAGAUUUUGAGGAUUAUAACUAAUUUGAGCAAGGCACUAUGUUGUACACAAGCUACUUACUAAAAUUAGUCAUAUCUUGUAGCUGGUAAUUUUUAUGGACAUAAAUGUUGGUAGUGAAUUCGCUGGCAGCAUGUGCCAUCAAACAUUCCAUUUUCACGAUGGACAGUACAUCACGGUUGGGUGCUGAGCAGUUGAAAUGCUAAAUGUAAACAGACUAACAACUCAUGAAAAGAAUUACUGUUUCACAUUUGUCACAUUACAGUCAGGUAAGUAUUGUCAGUGGUAUCGUAAAGCCCUAUGGCAUCAUUGAAAGCUAGUUAGCUAAGCCACUUUCCCUAGACCAAUGCCUGAGCAGCAGUUGUGCUUUGCUCCCAAUAUUUUUUUGUGAGAUCUCUUGUCUGCUUGUUGUAUAUUAAAGGACUUAAUCUGGUCAA